AUGUUGGAUCUCCAACCACCGUUCACAAACCUUCAGCUCGUUCAGCGAGUCGACAGCUGGCCAUAUUUCACCAAGGACCCUGAGGCCUACAGAACGCAUAUGAAGGAUUACCACUACUUUCUCAUUGAUGGAUACGACAAGCCGUUCGGAUAUGUGCAUAAUCACUUCUCGGAAGUUGCGUGGCCGGAAUACUGGGAGAUCGACGCGGAAAAGCGCUUCUUGACGCUGCGCGCCGCCGGCGCAUCGGACUUUAAGACGCGCAGCGAGCACGUCUUGAAUCUUGAUGGCUGCGGCGUGGACAUGUUUGGCAUCGUUAACUACUCGGUUCAUUUAAUCAGCUGGGUUAUGAAUGCCGAGGGGAUGAAAAUUUGGGUCCCGCGCCGAGCCAUGACCAAAAUGAGCUUUCCAGGCAUGCUGGACAACACCGUCGGAGGCAGUCUGGCUGCAGGGGAGAGGCCAAUCGACGGCAUCGUCCGAGAAUGCUAA